CACAAAAAAUACAAAAAAAUACAAAAAAUACAAAAAAAUACAGAAAAACACUAAAAACACAAUAAAAACACAAAAAAUUACAGACACAUGGUAUUUCACCUGUGAAUGCUCUCGUUGUCUGGACGAAUCAGAACAAAUACUAUCUUCAAUGUUAUGCCCAAAUUGUGAAUAUUCUCUGUGUAUUUUUGGAAAAUCGGAAUACAAAAAUUCUGAAACACAAUUAAUUACCUGCCCAAGUUGUAAUAAAAUGUUGGAGAAAGGGCAGGUUUUGGAGGCUAUUUCAGCCAUGUGUUUUAUCAGCGAUGUAAUUGAACAAACAAAUUUUCAAGAAAUGGGGGAAAUUAAUGCUCAGAAAUUUCUUCAAGAUUUAUUGUCUAGGCAUCAAAAAAUACUUCCCCCAAUCAACGUGUAUAUGUGUAAAAUUGUACAGGCCCUACUCCCUUUCAUAGACCCAAACAACUCAACUCUUCUGUUAGAAUUACAUUUAAACGUGGAAAAUUGUUUAAGGCUCUGUUAUCCUCACAAUCACCCAGCUUUAGCCUUUCACCUUAGAAAUAUUGGAAUUUUUGCGAAAAAAUUGGGACAACGCCAAAAAGCUUUAAAUUAUUUGGGAGAGGCUUUGGGCAUGUUUAAAUUUGUGAUGGGGGAAGAACAUUCACUUUAUAAAAUUACUGAGGAAAUAAUUGAGGAGGUAAAGAAGGAAUUGCCUGAAGAGAGGAAUGAAGGGAGGAAUGAAGGGAUGACUGAAGAGAAGGGUGUUGUAAAAGUUGGAAAACGAGGUAGAAAGGUGUCGGAAGGUGAAAAGGAGAGGGAAAGGGAAGAAGAUAACGAAGAAGGUGGAACAAGGGGAAGGGGAAAUGAAGCGAAGCUUUUAAAAGAAAAUGAAACAAACCUUGAAGAAAAUAAAGAAAAAAUUAAAAAUGAAACAAAAACUGAAGCAAAGACUGAAGAUGAAGCAAAAAUAAAAUCUGAAGCAAAACAAGAAGGUGAAGCAAAACACGAGAAUGAAGCAAACCUAGAAGUAAAUGAAGAAGCUAAAAAUAAGGGGAAGAAGAGAAAAAAGCGUCAGAAUAAAAAUAAACAAAACAAAGAAGAUAAAAAAGAAUUUGAUUCUGAAGCAAACACAAAGGAAUUAAAUUUAGAAAAAUUAAAAAUAGAAGAAACACAAAAGAAGGGACAACAACAAGUAUUAAAAAUUGAAGCUCAUUUUAAUUGA